AAAUAUUCAGCAGAAAAACAUAAAUAAACUUGUGAUAUAUUUCGCAACUGCAAAUAUAUCAUGGGAGAAAAUUAACAUAUCUAAUAAAUCCAUAAUGUUGAUGUUUCAGUUCAAUUUUAAUCCAUGUGUUUCAGUUUGAGAUUUGGCGCCCUGCAGGAAUAACACUACGUCAGAAUAGGAUUAGGAACUGUGGGCUGGCCCAGGAACCGCGGAUCUCCUCCAGCUCUGAUUCGGUCGGAUCGCAGCUGCAGUUGUUGCUCUGUCGGCGCAGAGGACGGACCGAUCCGGGCGCAUCCCUCACCGCCUCCGGAGGAAGCUGAAUGUGAGCGCAGAUGGAGGGUAAAAUCCUCCUCGGAUAGGAUUUUGGUUUCGUUUUCGGAGCGAGGAAUCCACGGAUGCGAGGAUGCGGUGAAGCUGUGGCUGCAGCUGCAAACUGAGCAACCAGAAGGAAGAAGUUCUGCUGAAUAGCGAGCCCAGAUGAGGCAGAUGUUCGUCUGCUGAGCGGAUCCGGAGGACAGAGCAGAAGAGUCCAGAGGAUAUGGUCCCUGGGGCCCCCAGCACCACGACCACCACCACCACCACCAUGCUCCCCGCCUCCGAGGCUGCCAAAAUCUACCAGACCAACUACGUGCGCAACUCCCGCGCCAUCGGGGUCCUGUGGGCCAUCUUCACCAUCCUCUUCGCCAUCGUCAACGUGGUGUGCUUCAUCCAGCCCUACUGGAUCGGGGACGGCAUGGACACCCCGCAGGUGGGCUACUUCGGUCUGUUCCACUACUGCAUCGGGAACGGGCUGUCCCGGGACCUAGUGUGUCAGGGCAGCUUCACGGAGUUCCACAGCAUCCCGUCCGGCGCCUUCAAGGCUGCCUCCGUCUUCAUCGGCAUGUCCAUGGUGCUGGUGCUCACCUGCAUCGGCUGCUUCGCGCUCUUCUUCUUCUGCAGCACCGGAACCGUGUACAAGAUCUGCGGCUGGAUGCAGCUGGCUGCAGGUACCAGCCUGGUUCUGGGCUGCAUGAUCUACCCCGACGGCUGGGACAGCGACGAGGUGAAGCGGAUGUGUGGCGAGCAGACAGACAAAUACACACUGGGCGCCUGCUCGGUGCGCUGGGCCUACAUCCUGGCCAUCAUGGGCAUCUUGGACGCGCUCAUCCUCUCCUUCCUGGCGUUCGUCCUCGGCAACCGGCAGGAUAAUCUGAUGUCUGAAGACCUGCUGGGAGAAAAAACUGGAAAUAAUGUCAUAUAACACCAGGAAACGGUGAAGAAUUCACACGCAUGGGUCUUACAGUUGGGAUGUGGCAUUACUGCAGCGUCCAGCGUCAAUCUCCUGGCUCAGCGGCUGGAUGCAGAGCUGAGAAGCUGCAAAUUAAAGCAACAAAAGAAGAAGAAAUGCCCUGAAAGCAGCCAUAAAACCCAGUACUGGGAUCAACACCCCAUUUCUCUGUAAAAUAGUUUUUAUACUCACCUGAAACUGAGAUUUUUUCCAGGAUUAGAGUUUGUUGUCAUCCUACCUGAGCCGUUUUUUCCACAAAAGGAAAAAAAGGUUGCUUUUUGGUUUAUCUUAAAGCAGAAAAAAAAGACAAAACAACCACUGAAACCAAACAGACUCUGAUGGACACAAUAAAAACCCCAACAGCCUUGACGUUUCUUACCAAGUCAACAAACUUCAUCCUGCUGAAGACGACUGCCGUCUGCAAAAACCUGGGAACUGAGCAAACCUAGAGGCUGGACAAUCAGAAAAAAACAGUGUGGUCUUGUUUAUGAUUAAAUAUUUGAUGUUAUAAAAUGGAAACUGUUGAUAUCAAAGCUUUCUUUGCUGAUAGUCUGUGUAAAAAGGACAAAUAAAAUAAAAGCGCACCAAUCAAAAGAACACAUAAAUUAUAUGUAUUUAGUGAACAGCACUACAUGUUGGUUAUGUCCCUUUGUCUCGACUUUGAAACGUAUUCUCUGAAAUGUCUUGCCAUUGGUUGAUUAUUAGUGUGUGCCAUUGAGCAUCUUGUUAUCUGACAAUAUUGUAAAGAAAAAGAAAAAA